GUGCGUCAUCUCAAGCAGAGAGAGAUAACGGCACCGUUUUGCUGUCUCGUUGUUGGUUCCACCAAUUUGCUUAAUACUUGCAGUUGCUUGCUUCCGAUCCAACCCAAUCCACUAUUAUAAUUUUUUUUAUCUCUUCUCUUCUCUUUCCCCUCACCAACACGUCAUUUCAUUUCUUUCAAAGUCUUCCCUUCUCUCCUCUUCCUCUUCACUUCUUAAACCGUCGCCCCUUAACGACGCCGUUUCCUGUUCUCUCAUGUAAGCGCGGUUCGAGAAAAAAAAAAGAAAAUCCGUUAUUGGCGUUGUUUUAUUUUUGUUUCCGGUUCGGAUUAUUUGAAUGGAUCGGGCGGCGUUGACGGUCGGACCGGGCAUGGACAUGCCGAUAAUGCACGACAGCGACCGUUACGAUCUGGUCCGCGACAUCGGGUCCGGAAAUUUCGGCGUGGCGAGGCUGAUGCAGGAUAAACAAACCAAGGAACUCGUCGCCGUCAAGUACAUCGAAAGGGGUGAUAAGAUUGAUGAAAAUGUGAAGAGGGAAAUUAUCAAUCACAGGUCUCUGAGGCAUCCUAACAUUGUUAGGUUUAAAGAGGUAAUUUUAACACCUACUCAUCUUGCUAUUGUAAUGGAAUAUGCAUCUGGGGGAGAGCUCUUUGAGAAAAUCUGCAAUGCUGGACGUUUUACUGAGGAUGAGGCUCGAUUCUUCUUUCAGCAACUCAUAUCCGGGGUCAGCUAUUGCCAUGCUAUGCAAGUAUGUCAUCGGGACUUGAAGCUGGAAAACACUUUGCUGGAUGGAAGCUCGGCACCUCGUUUAAAGAUAUGCGAUUUUGGGUACUCCAAGUCUUCAGUGCUUCAUUCACAACCAAAGUCAACUGUGGGAACUCCUGCAUAUAUUGCUCCAGAAGUAUUGUUGAAACAAGAGUAUGAUGGCAAGCUUGCAGAUGUCUGGUCAUGUGGAGUAACGUUAUAUGUGAUGCUAGUGGGAGCAUAUCCUUUUGAAGAUCCUAAUGAACCAAAGGACUUUCGCAAGACAAUUCAGAGAGUUCUUAGUGUCCAGUAUUCCAUUCCGGACGGUGUUCAAAUAUCUCCAGAGUGUGGCCACCUUAUCUCAAGGAUCUUUGUUUUUGACCCAGCAGAGAGAAUCACCAUGUCUGAAAUCUGGAACCAUGAAUGGUUUCUGAAGAAUCUCCCUGCGGACCUGAUGGACGAGAAGAUAAUGAGCAAUCAAUUUGAAGAGCCAGACCAACCCAUGCAGAGCAUCGAUACGAUCAUGCAGAUAAUUUCAGAAGCUACCGUGCCAGCGGCUGGGACCUAUUCUUUUGACAAGUUUAUGGAGGAGCAAAUUUAUGACUUAGAAUCUGAAUCUGAUGCUGAAUCUGAUCUUGAUAUUGAUAGCAGUGGGGAAAUAGUGUAUGCCAUAUAGUUUGAUCUUAGGUGCACUAGAAAGACAGCAUAUUAAAUGGAAGAGCAUUUUCAGCAUCAAGAGAAAUAUGUGGUGCCCGCAUUUUCUGUAGUUUAGCAUGGAUAAUACAAACUUCAUGUUAAUAUUUAUGUAUUCAGUGUUGUUUGCUGAGGGAAGAAAUGAUUGUUACCCUCUCACUUCCUAUAUAUAUAUAUAUAUAUAUAUAUAUUAGCCUUUUUGUUGUCUUCA